AUGAAGUCGGCUGUUGUCCUCGGUCUCGCCGCUGUUGCUGUUGCUGCUCCCGGUGGCCCAGGAGGAUGGGGCGGUGGCCAAGGAGGAUGGGGUGGCCAUCAACAAGGUGGUGAAUCUGGAGGUAACUGGGGAGAUUGGAAUGGAGGACAUGGUCAGUGGCCUCCCAGCGAAGAAACAUCAACCUUUAGCCCUCAACCCGCACCCGCUUCGUCUUCUGCCAUCCCAGAACCCAUCUCCCAAGGAUGGGGAGACUGGGAAACCACUACCACUACCACUACAACCCCCAGCCCUAGCCCAAUUUCCCAAACCACUACUACAACAACAACCCCGUCAGAAACAGUGUGGUUAGAUUGGACCACCACUACCACUACCCCAAGCCCCAGCCCAAUAUCCCAAACCACCACGACCACGACCCCUUCGGAAACAAUGUGGUUAGAUUGGACUACCACUCCCACCACUACUACCACAACCCCAACCCCAAGCCCCAUUUCCCAAACCACCACAACGCCGUCGGAAACAAUGUGGUUAGAUUGGACCACGACGACGACUAACUCUGUAUCACCAGCUCCCGCCGAGACACAGUGGGCCGACUGGACCACGACCACGACCAAGUCGGUUCCUGUGUCGCCGAUCUCGGUUACGACAACGACAAAGGAGGCGUGGGGAGAUUGGACCACCGUCACGACCACGACCACGUCGAUUCCCGUGUCGCCCAUCUCAAUCACCACAACGACAAAGGAGUCCUGGGGAGACUGGAACUCGACUUCCUCUGUCCCUGUGGCGCCCAUCUCGACUGCCACCGAAAGCUGGGGUGACUGGACCACCACUACACCUCCUCCGGCUCCAAUCACUACAACCACGCCUCCCCCGGCUCCUAAGUCCAGCACCACCAAGCCAGUUGCUCCAUCUUCAACCACCCCAGUCGCUCCCGUGGUGAGCACCUUUGUCGGUGAAGCUUCCGCUCAAUUCGGUGGAGCCAAGAAGAUUGCAGGUGCCGCCGCAGCCAUCGCGGUCGCUGCUCUUCUGUAA